AUGAAUAGAUGGGAUUUUAAUUUAAGAAAAUAUGAUCAAAAAUGUGAAAAUUUAAUAGAACCAUUUGGAUAUAAAUUUGUUAAUGAUGCUAAGAAUACAUAUGGUUAUGGAGACAGUUAUUUAAAAGUAGAAAAAAGUAUCAACAAUUUAAAUAAGUUAAAUAAAAAUGAUAAUAAAUCUAAUUUAUCUGAAGAAAACACAAAAAUACUUAAUAAAAUGGCAUGGAAUAUUUGCAUCAACUCAAUUAAAGGGUUAGCAAUGAACUUAUUUGUUAUGUUUAUGUCAGGUGGAGCAUCUGGUAUCUUUGGUAUUAUUUUUAUAAUAUAUUCCAUUUAUAAUAUUUUAAAAUCAUUAUUUAAUAUAAAUGAUGUAUUUAAAAGUGUGGAAAAUAAUACUAAACAGAAGUUUUGGCUACAAAAAAUUUGUUUUAUAAUUGUUAAUUGUUCAGUUUUUAUAUAUAUAAUGAAUGUUUGCUCAAAAAGUGGAUUAUUACCAAUACGAUCUGGUGACUAUUUUUAUUAUAUUCCGCAUAAAAAAAUUAAACAGAAAGGUGUGGGAAGUUUUUUUUAA